UGUUGAGCUAACUGAACGUUCAACUACCAAUACUGUAGCUGCUGCAGUAGUGGAAGCUGCAGGGAUCUGCCCACAAGAUGACAGCACUUUUUCUUUAAUUACUUGGAAUAUUGAUGGCCUGGAUUCAAAUAAUCUGCAAGAAAGGGCACGAGGAGUCUGCUCCUAUCUAGCUUUAUACAGCCCAGAUGUGGUAUUUUUACAAGAGGUUAUUCCUGUAUAUUUAAGUUACCUCCAGAAGAGAGCAGUCAGUUACACAAUUAUUCCAGGUAAUACGGAUGGUUAUUUUACCGCCAUCAUGCUAAAAAAAUCAAGAGUAAAAGUUUUAAAACAUGAAAUAACAGCUUUUCCUACAACCAGUAUGCUGAGAAAUUUAUUAGCAGUAUAUGUAA